UUGAGCCUGCUCGGGCGCCGCUAGUCUGCGUGAAGUAGACGGGGAAGCUGGAGGCGAAGCAGAAGCGGCCGGCUGCUUGUGGGAGGUGGUUUUGCUUCCUCUCGUUCUCCACCACCCUGGUUCAGGUUCCUCAUCACUUCUCACCUGGUAAAGACAAGGCAAAAUAAGACUAAAUACAAAGAGAAGGCUCUUCAACCAGCUACAAUGUCAGCAGACAAUGAUGUUUCCCUCUCCACUUAUGAUGAGACUUCAGGAUCAAAACUUGCUCGAAAAGCUAAAGAGGCACCAUUUGUCCCAAUUGGAAUAGCAGGCUUUGCAGCUAUUGUUGCAUAUGGAUUAUACAAACUGAAGAGCAGAGGGGAUACUAAAAUGUCUGUCCACCUGAUUCACAUGCGUGUGGGAGCCCAAGGCUUUGUAGUAGGAGCAAUGACUGUUGGUAUGUUGUACUCCAUGUAUCGGGAAUACUGGGCAAAACCCAAACCUUAGGAAAGAUGCUGUCUUCAUGCUGAUGUUUUAGAGCUAGAUACCUCACAUUGAGGUUAUUUGUUUUAUGUUUAAAAAUAAAUCAAUUUAGGGAUAUGUGGUUCUAAAAAAGCAGCACAUGUCAGACACAACCCAAUCAUGAUAUUCUAAAGAUUGGAUUUUUUUUUUUUUAUGGAAGCUUUAGUUUCCCAGGUGAUUCAAGGUAUACUGAUUGGUAUCCAAGAGUUAAUGAGGGAGAGCUAAGUUAGUGCAAAAGGAACUGGUCAUUGAAGCUUACUUGGGUGAUAAAUUAUAUUCAUAUUUCUCCAAUCUCAAAAAUUAAUGACUUAAAAAAUUACAGGGCCAAGACUUAAUGUAGCUCCUCUUGCUUUAGAAUGGGACAUAUUUUGGGAUAUAAUAUAGGAAGCUGCUUUAACACAAUUCAGGAAACACUUCCUCCUUAUCUUGUAGAAUGGUGGAAACUUCAGUGUCUAAGGGCUGCCUGGCUUUGACUAGAGCCAAAAGAACAUCUGUAAGAAAAACAUGAAAUAAAAUAUUGUAGCAAGAGUUUUCUUCUCUACCUGUACCAUAGACAACUUGUUUGUAUUUGAGAUGAGCCUUGAACAGUUGCUAACCAGGCUACUUAAUGCAGUAGUAUUUAUUAUAAAGUUAGUAAAAGAUGAGAAUAACAAAUGGUAUGGCUUAGUUAUAUUUUUGCUGCUUCCAUAUUGAAAUUGUUUUUUAAAUGCCAUCUGUUUUAUAUGUAUUUGAAGUGCUUGUUCAGUAAAGAGAACUCUUAAAAUGUGCAGUAUUAGUAUUUUGUUUUCUCUAUCAAGAGUGUAGUCCAACUGAAAUACAUUACUGUCCUUUAGAUUUGAUGGUUUCAUAUUAUGGGCAGCAUUCUCCUUACACAAAUGUUGACAUAUUUAAGUAAAUGCUUUGUUAUACUUGUGGAAUUCUAAUGUUUAAAAUGGAUUUACAUUCCGUGGUAAUAACAUGGUAUGGAUAUUACUAAAUAAAAUGAACACAUCACAUGUCUUGUACCUUAUUUCAAGUUAACAUAAUGGAAUCACCUUACCCCAAAUAGUACAAAAACAGCACAUGUUCCCAGAAAGCAAAUGUUUUGGGUUUUUUUCUGCUUUAAGUCUAGGAAUGAUGUAAGCUUAAAUAAUAAAAUCAGAAGACUGA